CUUUGAACUUUCGUCCUCCCAAGAGUGAACUAUAUCUCAAGAGGUGCGUGGUAUGACGUUGUGCAUAUAAAUAGUCGAACCUGCAUAGGCAUCGUUAUAAUCGCUACAUCACAAGUGGUUGAGUCUUUCGCGGUUGGUUAUGCUUUUCAAGUGGUUCCCAAGUGUUCCGAUCAACUCUGAUCCGGCAGAACAUCACGGACGGUUUCAAUAUCCUCAUCUCCGCUACUCAGUGUUCAGGCUGCAUUGCCAGUGAGUUAUCGAUGCCAAUAUUACGGUGAUGAUCGGCCAUGGCGCAGAGAAUUUCGCUGACAAACGUCCUUCCAUUGAUAGCAGUGGUUACCGUGGUGUUGGGAAAAUUUGGCGCGACCUCGAAUCGAGAUGUGUCCUUCCAAAGAGUGAGGGCAGUAAGACUCAACGGUGGUCACAUGGAGAUUAUCGAAGAAGAAACGUGCUCAAGAGGCGUUACGAGACUGACGUGUAGAUCACUCAGGGCUUCUUUACUCGUCCUUGAAGCAACCUACCAAACAAACCACUCGGAUCUAUGUCGACAUAGGACAUCGGAGACCAAUUACGGAAGAAAGAACACGGCGAAUUUUCACGCGAAGAUGGUUAGACACCUUGGACUGAGGGGAAAUUACAUGGACGAUUAUCGAGGUCAUUCUAAAACGGAACUCGCUGAUUUGAGGCUUACUUUGAACAGAAGAUGCUCCGGACUUCAACAUUGCCGUUUCAACGUCCACACAGACCACCCCGAAGCCGUCUCAUGGACGCCAGCUAAUCUCCGACUAAAGUACGCCUGUAUACCAGACGCUGCGAUCGGCAGAUACUGCAACAGCAGGCUAUUGGCAACGGGAGGAGAUGGCAGCUACCUAAAAUCUCCAGGUUAUCCACUUUACUAUCCUGGUGGCAGCUCGUGCGGUUGGACAUUUGAAUCACCGCCGGGUCAACGGAUUUCCUUGACCCUCUAUGACCUAAAUUUGCGCAGCGCCGAGCAGGAUGGAAGUUGCGUUGACAUCAUAAGAAUCAGGGAGAACGGUGUGACGCUGUUGGAGUCCUGCGGGACUGCCGCUGGUAUCCAGGUGGUGUCGGAAUCAAACGUAAUAACACUGGACCUGAUAGCCUUGGGGAACUUGUAUCCAUCUCGAGGAUUCCUGCUCCAAUACAAGGCUGUUGGUUGUCCUCGAGUGGAUCCGCCGAACGGUAGUUACGUGGUGAACGAUACCGGCGAAGUUAUGACCUUUCGUUGUAGAGUGGGAACGUUAUUUCCCGACACUAGACAAAGGACUAAGAUUAUCAGGUGCAAAGAUGGUCUGUGGAUGAACACGGCGAAGGAUAAGGGAGGCAGAGAGCGAAGUUGCGUUCCAGAUUCGUCAGCGGCGAUAUUAAAAGCGGAGCGGGAAAAUGGCCGAUUUACGAGCUUGUCCGAGGAACCCGGAAGCGCCGGAUUUUUCCCGCCUGGUGGAGUAGUCGAAAGGUCUGACGACGCAGUCGCAAUGAAUUUAGGCACUACUAUGGAUCCAGGACGAUCAGCCAUGGUGAAACAGGGAGAUUACGUAGUGGAUGUGGUUCUGCCAACAGUUUUAAUCGCCUUGCUGUUCAUCGGCAAUGCAAUAAUCGUCUACGUGAUAUUUCAAUUUAGAAAAAGAAAACAACCAGAACUUAGUGGGGAAGAAAUGGCAUUGCGAGGGAACGAUCCCCAAGGUUUGCCACAAGUAUGAUAAGCCAAAAAAACAAAAAGAUUAUCCAAACUGCGUCACAAUGCCAUGUGUAAUACACGCACAAUUAAAACUCAACUAAUAACGUGUGCUUACAGCCUGAUUAUUAGCGAUGACAAGGCCUAAAAAAAGACCGUAAGAACGGAAGCAACAAUAAACAAUAUGACAAAACAAUAAAAAAAAAAAAAAUAGAAGAAAUAAAUGAAGGAAAUAUUAAAACUGACAGAAAAGAAGGGUAUAGAAACGGGCAACUAUAUCGAUAACAAUUAUUUUUUCAAUUAUAUACAUACAAUACGAAUAUGUGUAAAGUAUACUGGUAAUAGAUAUGUUGAAAUAAUUCAAAGAUCCGGAUUGAUAAAUCCGGAAAAUUCAGCGAAAGAAAACGUAAACUUGAAGUGUGAAAAUCGCGACGGAGUACAGGGAGAUACCCUAUGGUGUAUCUCAAUUUCAGGAAUAUUAAGACGUAGCCUUACUUAAAUUAUAAUAUUAUCGCAUUUUACCGACGAGAAAAUGACUACUAAUCGAGAGAUAAGAUUUUCGUUCGACAUGAAAAAUUGUAGAUGUCUAGACAUCGAAGUCAGCCAAAAUAUCGCCUCAUUACACUUUAUGUAUUGAUUUAAACAGCACACGCAUAUUUCCAUAAAUAAAUUUAUGAAUAUUUUAGCAUCGUCACCAUUACUAUUACGAUUAUUAUUACUAUUAUAGUUUACAACGCUGUAUUAUAAUUAAUUAUAGGAGAAUAAUAUAUUUCGUCCAAAAUUAUACCUAAGUUGAUAAUAUAAUAUAUAUGUAUAAAUAAUGAAUAUUAUUAUAUAAUUAUGAUGAAAUAACAAAUUGAUGUUUCGUAUGAAUAGACUUUUUAAUUUAUUCAACUAUGCACUCAUAUAGUUUACUACUAUGCGAGAAAAAAAAAUAUACGGGGAAAAUAAAUUGAAGUUCCAAAUUUA